AUGAAGGGGAACCGACGCGGUCAGCCCCCAGCGGCGUCGCAACCACCCCCAGCAUCGCCGACCACCAAGGGUACCGCUAAGUACACCAAUAAGGAUGGUUCCAAAUUCAUUACCGUACCCAAGAUCGCGCCUACCCCCGAGCCCCAGCCUUCUCCGACAGUCGCCUCUGCCAGCGCGGGUGGUGCGAAGUCCUCGAAUGGGUCACAGGAGAGCGCAGCGGGCGCGAAUCCUGCCCCUGUGAAUCGCAAGAAAGCCAAGCGACGGGCAAAGGCCGCAGCCAAGGCGGCCGCCGAGCAGGCCGCCCAGGGCCACACUAACGGUGUCCCUGGCUCUCACACCUCACACGAGCACGCAUCUGCAGAAGUGGACGAUAGCGACGACGACGGCGCGGAGGAGAGCUCGGCGCGAAAUACGUCCGAAACUGCUGGCGGCGAAGGGCAGACGGCCGGUGCCAAGUCCAAGAAGUCCAAGAAAAAGAAGAAAAAGGCAAACGAGGAAUCUCAACUUGCCAGCCAACAACAGGAUUCCCCGUCUCUGGCACAGGCGCAGACUCGCACUGGAGGGCUUUCUAGGGAGAAGAUAUGGAAUACGAGCUCCCAGGAGGAGCGCGAGCGCAUCAAAGAGUUCUGGCUUGGCCUCGGCGAGGACGAGCGCAAGUCUCUGGUCAAGGUGGAGAAAGACGCGGUCCUUAAGAAGAUGAAGGAGCAGCAGAAGCAUACAUGCAGCUGCACCGUCUGCGGCCGCAAGCGCACUGCCAUUGAGGAGGAACUGGAAGGGCUGUAUGACGCCUAUUACCACGAGCUCGAACAAUAUGCGCACGAUCCCCAUCGCUCCGAACAAGGUCCUCCACUGCUGGGUUCUUCACGACGACAAUACGCUUCUGUGAGGGGCAACUCGCACUCCCAGCCCUCUCAAGGCUACACGCAACAUGGCUCCGAAGGCGAGGACGACCUCGAGGGAGAAGAGGAAUACAGCGAUGAAGACGAUCUUGACGAUGAAGCCGUGUAUAGCGAGGUCGAAGAGGAGGAAGAGGAGGAACUGUCCUCCGAAGAGCUCCACCACCAAGAUUAUGCGACCGACUUCUUCAAUUUUGGAAAGUCUCUCACCGUCCAGGGAGGCAUCCUGACGGUAGCGGACGACUUGCUGAAGAACGACGGCAAGAAGUUCAUCGAGAUGAUGGAACAAUUGGCCGAGCGACGUAUGGCCCGCGAGGAGGAUGCGAAAGACCAGUAUCGAAGCCCUGAGUAUGGCCACGGCACGAACGGAAACUAUCCUGAUCCCCACGACCACCCUCCCACCGAAGAAGACGACUAUGAGGUCGACGACGAAGAGGAGGAUGAAGAGUACGACAGCCAAGAGGAAUAUGAGGACGAGGUACCACCCUCUUUUCUACCGUCAAAGUGCCCAAUCCACCACCCACAUCAUGAUUAUGCAUUAUUAGAAAAACACAACCUUGCAGACACUGUCAAAGACGUUGAGGAAGCUAAAACCCAGGCUCCACAGCAGGACACAAUGACGGAUGCCCAACGUAUGGAGGAAGGCCGAAGGAUGUUCCAGAUCUUCGCCGCCCGCAUGUUUGAGCAGAGGGUGCUCACUGCCUACCGUGAGAAGGUCGCUAAGGAACGCCAAGACAAACUGCUCGAAGAGCUCGACGAAGAGAGUCGCCAAGACUCUCAACGGAAGGCCAAGAAGGCAAAGGAUGCGCAGAGGAAGAAGGAGAAGGCGCAGCAGAAGAAGCAGGCCCUGGCGGAGGAGAAAGCUCGUAAGGAGGCCGAGAAAGCUGCCGACGAAGAGCGCCGCUUGGCAGAAGAGGCGCGCAGGGCGGAAGAGCAGCGACUCAGAGCCGAAGAGAAACGUAAGAAGAAGGAGGCCCAGCGCAAAGCCGACGAGGAGGAACGCCUUCGCAAGGAAGCCGAGCGCCAGCGUCGCAUCCACGAGCAAAAGGAGCGUCAGGCGGAGCAAGAACGUAAGGCGCGAGAGGCGAAGGAUCGAGAGAAGAAGGCCCGCGAAGAGGCAAAGCUGAAGGAACAGGAGGCUCGUGAGCGCAGAGAGCGGGAAGCCCGGGAGCGCAAGGAUAACGCAGCGAAGGCCAAGGCGACGAAUGAGGCGGCACAGAAGCCCAGGCCUCAGCCCAAGGCGGCCCCAAAGCCGGCCGGGCUGCCAAACCCAGCUGCUUCAAUUGUUUUGCCCAAGCGACCCUCGCAGCAGGCAAAUACUGUUCCGGCACUACCGCAACAGCCUCCAGCAACCGCGUUCGCCUCGCCUCAAAUUCCUGUAGCUACGCCCGCCAUCCCGAAGGCGCCGACACCAAUCCGGCCGCGGCAGUCAUCGCAACAAGAUGUAAGCACCGCCGGAUCAACGGUAGCGUCUCAAUCCGGAUCGGGCCCUAGUCAGAACCCCUCACCGAACCCGACGACACCAGCUCAGAGCAGCCCUGGUCCGGCUGGUCUCCUACCUCAUCUAGCCCCGGGUGGCCUAGCUUCUCUGUCUCAUAUCUCAACAGCGUCUCCGACGCAGGCGCAGAGCAAUCCCGCCAAUCACCCAUCGGGGCCUUAUCAGCAACUGCCACCGAUGGCCGGACUGCCCUUCCCGAUGCACUUGCCAACGGUGCAGCCGCCGCCCGGCUUUUUCAACCCGAUCGGCGGUGGUGGGUACAGGGCACCUGGGCCGCCGACUAUGGGAAUGGCGAUGCCUCCAGGUAUCCAUUCGCCGGCGGGGCGAACUUUCUCUCCUCAUAUGCAAGGACCCCCGCCUGGAUUCUCACAACCGCAGCAUGGUGAUCUCCAUGGCAUGAAUCCGUUCGCGCCUUCGCCGAAGGAUUCGCUCAGCGGUGUGCCUUCACCACAGUCGCGGAAACAGUCCACCAGCUUCGAUACGGUGCAUUCUCAAUCCCGACCGACGCCGAUUGGCCGCCCCGGAAGUGUCGUCCACGGAUUCCGACAAGCGUCCACGCCGCCCUCGAGUAUGGCCAUGCCAGACGACUUGCAAGACCCUAACAGUGUCCACCUUGGUUCCAAGGCGUUGCUCGAUGACAGCGUCGAUGAGCCUACCGAUAGGUACAUGACGCAGGGAAUCCGCCCUGCCUACCCAACAGGCCCGGGCAGCUUCAAUGACCAGUCUCCGUUUGUGCAAGCCGCGCCCAUCUGGGGUCACUCGCCGUCUCAACAGGGCGGACCGGGAGGCCCCUUUGGUCACUCAUCGAACAUGGGCUUUAAUAGUGCCGUUGCGCCACCGUCGUGGGGUCCAGUUAAUAGCGUGGCUGCUCCCUUUGGUGGUGUGCAAGUUGGUCUGGGACGAAACAGCUCCUCGCGCACUACACGGGUGAGGCAGAUGCUCUGCCAGGUUUGCAAGGAGCUGUCGCCAGCAGAGAACGGCGCCGAAGACGGCGAUGGUUUUGUACCCCUGGACCGGAUCAAGAACCGCAUGGACCUGAUGUUUGUAGCCACGGGCGAGAACUUUGUGGUGUCCGAGGACGAGCUGCUGGAUAUGUGCGAUACCGAGGGCAAUGCUAUGAACGGGGGAGGCAACUUUGACGUGCGCCACUCGGCAUACCCCAAACUGGUCCGCUGGAAUCCGGCGAUGUCGUUGGACAUGCACCCGCCGCCGCGAAGCCGAGCGCCGGGAGAGAUCGGCAGCCCGCUCGUGGGCAGCGUGGGUGAACACAGCAGCAUCUGGGGUGGUUCUUCGGCUGCUCAUCGCUAG